GAGAAUUGGUUGAAAUGUCAUGGCCUAUAGACCAUGGUCACGUGCGAUGUUAGACCGAAGACUUUCACACGAAUUCCGUAUCCUCGGUCCUCUGUCACGGCCCUUGCAAACGAAGCUUCCUCCCCAAACACGCCUCCCACCCUCCGACCUCUGCCGCCGCCCCUUCAACCUUUUCACACCCCAUCAACAUUCGCAUAGAUAUCAGGCCAGUUUUUCUGACUUGAAACUCAUCAUCAAACUCAUAGCCAUGGGAACAACAGGCGCCUACGACGCCCUCCUCCCAGCAGUCCCUGAAUGGCUAAACAAGGGCGACAACGCAUGGCAAAUGACUGCAUCCACCCUUGUGAGCAUCCAAAGCGUUCCGGGCCUUGUCAUCCUUUACGGAAGCAUUGUGAAGAAGAAAUGGGCUGUGAAUUCAGCUUUCAUGGCCCUCUACGCCUUCGCGGCCGUCCUCAUUUGCUGGGUUCUUGUGUGCUACCGCAUGGCCUUUGGUGACCAGCUCCUGCCUUUUUGGGGGAAGGGUGCCCCAGCUUUGGGCCAGAAGUACCUCAUCCGCCAAGCGGCUGUGCCCGAGACCGGCAGCGAGCCUUUCUAUCCCAUGGCCACGCUUGUCUACUUUCAGUUCACUUUUGCGGCCAUUACGCUUAUCCUGCUUGCUGGGUCCGUUCUUGGUCGGAUGAACAUUAAGGCAUGGAUGGCCUUUGUGCCUCUUUGGCUCAUCUUCUCCUACACUGUUGGCGCCUUCAGUCUUUGGGGUGGUGGCUUCCUCUACCAGUGGGGCGUCAUCGAUUACUCCGGAGGUUAUGUCAUCCACCUCUCUUCAGGAAUUGCUGGUCUCACUGCAGCUUAUUGGGUCGGACCCAGAUUGAAGAGUGAUAGGGAGAGGUUUCCUCCAAACAACGUAUUGCUGAUGCUGGCGGGUGCUGGACUCCUAUGGAUGGGCUGGUCAGGUUUCAAUGGCGGAGCGCCAUAUGCAGCUAACAUUGCUGCUUCAAUAGCAGUUCUCAACACAAACAUAUGUGCAGCAACCAGCCUCCUUGUAUGGACUUCUUUGGAUGUCAUCUUCUUCAAGAAACCAUCCGUGAUCGGAGCUGUUCAGGGAAUGAUGACAGGCCUUGUUUGCAUUACUCCAGGAGCAGGCGUAGUGCAAUCUUGGGCGGCAAUAGUGAUGGGAAUACUUUCCGGCAGCAUUCCAUGGGUGUCCAUGAUGAUCCUUCAUAAAAAGUCCAAAUUACUACAAAAGGUUGACGACACACUAGGUGUAUUUCACACGCAUGCAGUGGCGGGACUGUUGGGUGGCCUCCUGACUGGACUCUUAGCAGAACCAGCGCUUUGCAGGCUCUUAAAACCAGAAAGCAAUACGAGGGGUGCAUUUUAUGGUGGGAAUGGUGGCAAGCAAUUCAUGAAGCAAAUCGUUGCAGCCCUUUUUGUGAUCGGUUGGAACAUAGUAAUCACCACACUGAUUCUCCUAGCUAUAAAGCUAUUCCUACCUUUGAGGAUGCCAGACGAGGAGCUGGUUAUAGGAGAUGAUGCUGUCCAUGGAGAGGAAGCGUAUGCCCUUUGGGGUGACGGAGAGAGGUAUGACCCAACAAAGCAUGACCCAACAAAGCAAGAUUGGCACGUGUCAUCGUAUUCUGGGGAAAUAGCCCAAUCCCCUUAUGGCAGUGGUGCAAGAGGAGUAACUGUGGAGUUGUAACUCAACUAUGUGUAUCAUAUACAAGCUCGCCAAUUACUUUAGAAUGUCAGAGAAUGGUGUGUAUAUACCAUAAAGACACAAUUACAUACCCUUGAAGCAUUUUGAAAAUGAUAGUUUGGGGCCUUGUGUCA